AUGCCGUGUCGAAGCCUCGGAUGCGCCGCCUCAGCAAGGGCUACUGCAUCCUCUGCUGCAGCCUUUAACCCAGCACAGCCCAGGCAUUUCACUCGCACAAAUAUCUUUACCUACAAAUCAACACCAACAGAUCAUGGCUCCUUGAAAAGACAACGUCUUCUUGGCUCCCGUCGGCCUCCCUCCUUCCUCUCCCGGGACUCGCCGUCCCGCGCUCGGAGCUUGACCCUCUUUCCCCGCCAGAACCCGCCGCCUCCGACUUCGCCGCCGUGUCCCGACGACCUAAACACCAACAACUCCAUCGCGAACCGCAUCCAGGGCCUCAUCUUUGGCAAUGCGACUGCUGCCACCGCCGCCGCCAUGACGACUCCCCCACGCCCCCUCGCCGAGCGCAUCCCCCCCGGCGCAUGGGACUCGCACAUGCACGUUCUCGACGUCGAAAACUACGCCCUCUCCCCCGCCGCCAUGUACCGCCCCAACUCGCACUCCCUCCAAGAAGCCCUCUCCUUUGAAGCUCAAGUCGGCAUCCGCAACAUCGUCCUCGUCCAGCCCUCCAUCUACGGCCUCGACAACACCUGCCUCAUCGACACCCUGCGCGACCUGGGCCCCGAGCGGGGGAGGGGCGUCGUCGCCUUCGACCCGCCCGCCAUGACCCCCGACACCCUGCGCGAGUGGCAUGAUCUAGGCGUUAGGGCUGUGAGGUUGAACGUGCAGUCUAACGAGCUCACCGUUGACGCGCAGGAGCUGGCCGAUCAGCUGCACGAGUACGCCGAUGUUGUGCGACCGUUUGGAUGGGCUGUUCAGGUCUAUGUUCCCAUGCACAUGAUUACCCUCCUGGAACCCAUUAUCCCCUCCCUCAACAUCCGUUUUUGUAUAGACCAUAUUGGUUAUCCAUCUUUGAGAGGUCAUAAUAGCACCGACCCAUACGACCUGCCUGGAUUCGCAUCUCUAGCCCGUCUCCUCAAGAAUGGACACACGUACGUCAAGUUAUCAGCUCCUUAUCGCAUGAGCUUGCGAUCAGAUUAUAGCGACAUUGAGCCCAUCGCAAAGGAGGUCAUUCGCCUAGGAGGCACCACUCGUGUAGUCUUUGCAACCGAUUGGCCUCAUACAAGGUACGAGGGGUUGGAUAUCAAGCCGUGGAUGGAGACUGUCCUCGACUGGUGCGGCGACGACGAGUACCUCAUCCAGAGGCUGUUUACCGGAAAUGCAGAGGACUUGUGGGAUGUUUCAAAAUCAUCAUGA